AUGGCUCCAGGCGGCGGAGGAAAUAUUAAGGUGGUGGUGAGAGUGCGGCCUUUCAACAGCAGAGAAAUCGACCGAGGCGCAAAAUGUAUCGUUCAGAUGAAAGACAACCAGACCAUCCUCUCCACCCCACCCGGCGCCGAAGAUAAAUCGCGAAAAGGCGGGAAAGCUGCGGCGGAUGGUAACAAGUCGUUCGCCUUCGAUAGGUCCUACUGGUCAUUUGACAAGAAUGCCCCCAACUAUGCCAGUCAAGACAGUCUCUUCGGCGACUUGGGUGUGCCGCUGUUGGACAAUGCGUUUGGAGGCUACAACAACUGUAUCUUCGCCUACGGUCAGACCGGUUCCGGAAAGUCGUACUCGAUGAUGGGAUACGGCAAGGAGUACGGUGUCAUUCCCCGGAUUUGCCAGUCGAUGUUCGAGCGCAUCUCCUCAAUGAUGCAGCAAGACAGUAACCUGAACUGCACUGUCGAAGUGUCCUACCUCGAAAUCUACAACGAACGUGUGCGCGAUCUGCUCAAUCCCUCCAAUAAAGGAAACCUGAAAGUCCGUGAGCAUCCGUCGACGGGUCCAUAUGUCGAAGACCUCGCCAAGCUCGUCGUGCGAUCGUUCGAUGAGAUCGAAAACUUGAUGGACGAAGGAAACAAGGCCAGAACCGUCGCGGCUACCAACAUGAACGAGACGUCAAGUAGAUCGCACGCUGUCUUCACGCUGACACUGACGCAAAAGCGCCAUGACGCCGAGACGUCGAUGGACUCCGAGAAAGUCUCAAGAAUCAGUCUUGUCGAUCUUGCGGGUUCGGAGCGUGCGACGUCGACCGGCGCGACUGGUGCGCGACUCAAGGAGGGUGCCGAAAUUAACCGAUCUCUAUCAACACUCGGUCGUGUGAUUGCCGCCCUUGCGGACUUGGCUUCCGGCAAAAAGAAGAACGCCUCAAUGGUUCCAUAUCGUGAUUCAGUUCUCACAUGGCUGCUCAAGGACUCCCUCGGAGGUAACUCGAUGACGGCGAUGAUUGCGGCUAUUUCACCUGCGGAUAUCAACUUUGACGAGACCCUGAGUACUCUGCGCUACGCCGACUCCGCAAAACGUAUCAAGAACCAUGCGGUCGUGAACGAAGAUCCAAACGCUCGGAUGAUCCGCGAGCUCAAGGAAGAGCUUGCGCAGCUUCGAUCCAAGCUUGGGGGUGGUGUGGCGCCUGGCGCAGGCGCAGUGGCGGGGGGUGCAUCAGCAGCAGCGGGUGCCAUUCCUUCCGAAGAAUACUACCCCCCGGAUACACCACUGGAGAAGCAGAUGGUCUCUAUCCAGCAAGCCGAUGGCACUGUCACCAAAGUGAGCAAGGCAGAGAUCGUGGAACAGUUGAACCAAAGCGAGAAGCUUUACAAAGACCUUAAUCAGACGUGGGAGGAGAAGCUGGUCAAGACGGAACAGAUUCACAAAGAGCGCGAGGCAGCUCUGGAAGAGUUGGGUAUCAGUAUCGAAAAGGGCUUCAUUGGUCUCAGUACCCCGAAGAAGAUGCCACAUCUUGUGAACCUAAGCGAUGACCCGCUGCUCGCCGAGUGCCUUGUCUAUAAUAUCAAGCCAGGUACUACAAUGGUCGGAAACAUGGAUCAAGGAAGUAACGUGGAAAUCAGACUGAACGGUUCCAAGAUCCUUGCCAACCAUUGUAAGUUUGAGAACGUCGAUAACGUGGUGACCAUUGUGCCGACGGAAGGCGCCGCGGUCAUGGUGAAUGGACUGCGGAUUGACCAGCCCAAACGGCUCAAAAGUGGCUUCCGUAUAAUCUUGGGCGAUUUCCACAUCUUUCGUUUCAACCAUCCCCAAGAAGCCCGGGCUGAGAGAGUAGAACAGAGUCUACUGCGCCAUUCGGUAACCACAAGCCAGCUUGGUUCGCCCGCUCCGAACAAGACCCAUGACCGGAGCUUAAGCAAGACUGGCUCUGAACUCGAUGGAGAUUCUAGCCGGGCUGAUUCCCCAAUGCCUCCGCAGCAGGGACGUGAAUCGGAUUGGUUCUACGCCCGCCGCGAGGCUGUCAGUGCCGUGUUGGGACCGGACCAUAUUGCGCACAUGCCAGACGAUGAACUGAACGCUCUCUUCGAGGAUGUGCAGAAGGUUCGGGCAACGCGUCGUGGUCUGAUGGAGAAUGAGGAGGAUUCUGACUCGCUGAGCUCUUUUCCUGUGCGCGACAAAUACAUGUCCAAUGGCACCAUCGAUAAUUUUUCCUUGGAUACUGCCAUUACCAUGCCUGGGACACCUCGUCACAAUGAAGAGGACGAAGGCCAGAACGGGAUAGCCACGCUAAACUCCGUACGACAGGACAUGCAACGGCAGUUGGACCGACAAAAAGAGGAGUUUCAAGAUAAGCUGAGAAAUGCAGAGGCUAGCCAAGGUGUCGAAGAUCUGCGCUCUGAAAAGGCGAAGAUGGAAGAGACACUCCGCGCGACGAAACAAGAAUACGAGGCACAGCUGAAGAAACAGAAAGAACUGUUUGAAUCCCACAUGAAGGAUAUGGGCCAACCCGUCCCUAGGAUCUAUGAAAAUGGGUUUGCAAAGCUGGAUCCAAGGGAGAUUGAAGUCGCACGCUCUGUCUACCGCCAUUGGUCACAACAGAACUAUGUCCGGAUGACCGAGAAAGUGCUGCAGCAUGCAUCGCUUCUGAAGGAAGCCCAGGUGAUGAGCCACAUCAUGGACAAGAACGUUGUGUUUCAGUUUGCCAUCAUUGACCAUGGACACAAUAUGGCUUCGUCAUAUGACUUAGUCUUGAACGGCAUAUCCGGAGACGAAGAUAUCGUUUUGGAUGACGCCAAGAAGCCUUGCAUCGCAGUGCGGGUGAUUGAUUUCAAGCAGUGUGUCAUCCAUCUAUGGUCUAUCGAGAAGCUCCAGCGGCGACUCCAAGCCAUGCGACAGCUGCACCAAUAUAUCGAUCGCCCUGAUUACAUCCAGCAUUUCAAGCUCGAAAACCCAUUCUCUGAGCCUUGUUCACCGCAGUACUCUCUUGUUGGCGACGCAGAUAUCCCACUGACUGCUGUUUUUGAGACGCGAGUGCAGGACUUUUCCGUUGAGGUCACUUCUCCAUACACCCAGAAUGUCAUUGGCAUAAUCCGACUUUCCCUGGAGCCUUCCUCCGCACAGGCACCCUCGUCUACUCUGAAGUUCAAUGUUGUGAUGCGCGAUAUGGUGGGCUUCGCCGAAUGGGAGGGCACUGACGUCCAUGCACAACUCUUUGUGCCUGGUAUUUCUGAAGAAGGCGGCGCUACUACUACCCAAAUGAUCAGCGGAUUUGACGAGUCGCCCGUUCGAUUUGAGAGUGUGCACAGCAUGAGUCUACCGCUUUCAAGCCCACGGACGGCUGCGCUCAAGAUUUGUGUCUAUGCCCGAGUGACGCAGAUGCACCUUGACAAGCUUCUCAGUUGGGACGAUAUGCGCGAUUCUGCAGAGGCGACUCCCGAUAAGCGGAAAACCCCUCGUAUUGCGGAGUCUGAAUUUUAUCUGGAGGAGCGUCACGACGUCUUUGCCAGAGCGCAGAUUCUUGAACUUGCUGAGAAUGGAGAGUAUCUCCCGGUUGAGGUUGUGCAGAGCAAUAACCUGGACGCGGGAACGUAUCAACUUCAUCAAGGUCUUCAGCGGCGGAUUCUUGUGAACCUCACGUAUAGCUCAACUGAAAGUCUGCCCUGGGAUGAUCUUACCAACAUACGGGUCGGCUCAGUCCGGCUGCUGGAUCCUUGGGGCAAGAUUCCCGACCAAGACCUCCAGACACCCGAUGUUCCUCUCAAGUUUGUCCAGGAGCCGAUGGUCAAGGACAACGCGGAUGGGACCUCGAAUGUGACGAUCAUUGGCCAGUGGGACUCGAGCUUGCAUGGCUCUCUCCUUCUCGACCGAGUGACCGCCGAGAAGUAUCGUGUGCAGGUCACUCUCAAAUGGGAUCUCUUGUCGUCGCGCUUGCAAGAUCCGGUGACAUUUGAUGUGGACCUGACCCUGCAAAUCCAAGGGCGAACUUAUGUGCGACCGCAGUCGAUGUUCAAACAGUUCUUCAAUUCCACUAGGAUCGUCCACUCUACCGUCCGCAUGUAUUCGCUGACAGUGCGGCCGGUCUCUGCGAAGCGCGCCGCGGACUUGUGGCGAAUGAACACGCAAAAUGACUACGUCAAGGGCGAAGAGCUCCUUACGACUUGGUCACCCCGAAAGGUGUCGCUCGUACGGGACUUCAUCGCCGCACGUAAACGACGACGACGUGUUGCCGAAUUGAAUGCGGCGAAAGGAGCGCUCAGUGCCAGCAGUCUGGUGGCUUCGCCCCCUAGAAGCGGGCGAUCAACGCCUCUUCGGAACAAUGAGCUUACGGAGCGCAAAGCCAAGCUUCUCCGAAAAUACAUCGAGCUCUGGACCACGAAGACGGACCAAACCGAGUCUAUCCUUGUCCGAAGCAAUACUGAGCCACCUGCGGGCGGUGCCGCAUUCGCAUCCCACACUAACCCUUCGUCCAGCGAAGAUGGUAGUUCUGUCUCCGACGAGUCCUCGUUGAAGCCACGGUUCAUUGCAACCAUUCAGACCCUGCCAAAGAACACGUCUUCCCUCAAGUCGGGGUAUCUGUUGACCCCAGAUGAUACCAACAGCCACUGGGUACGGCGCUUCGUCGAGCUUCGGCGUCCAUAUAUCCAUAUCUAUUCGGUUCCCGACGGUGACGAGAUCAACGCUAUCAAUCUCCGCAACUCGCGGAUCGACCAUGCGCCGGACUUUGCACGUCUGUUGAAUGGACCGGGAGCGGAGACGGACACCAGUUCGUCAAAGGGCCGUCCGAACGUGUUCGCCGUGUAUGGUGCCCAGAAUACCUUCCUCUUUGCGGCUCGGACGGAGGCGCAGAAGGUUGAAUGGAUUUUGAAGAUCGACGAGAGUUACUUUAGUAGUGCAGGGGGCAAGACCGUGACUAACGGGGCUGGGUAA